AUGUCGAUGACUCCCUCCCAAGAGAUACAGAUGCAGACGCAUGACCAAAACGAGUCGAAAAAGCCCAGUAAACCCCAACGUCUCCCAUUCCGGACAUCAUGCGACCCCUGUGCAGCUUCUAAGGUGCGCUGCACCAAAGAGAAGCAUGGAUGUUCGCGCUGUGUCCUAAACGGCUCUAAAUGCGUGUAUGGACGCUCGCGAAGAAAGGGGAAACCGUCGAACAAGACUACAACUGAACUCGCCCGUCCACCUGUUCAUCCUCCGUCUUCUCGAGUCCAGAUGUCUCCAGCUCCUCUAGCUCCCUUAGCCCCUCUAGCACUUCCAGCCCUUUCGGCUCUCCCUAUCCUUCCUGACCAUCAACCAUCCUGGCCCAUGGGCCCGAAUCAUCACCAGCCCAACUAUAACUACAACUCUACUUGGUAUCGGUCUCCACCAUCCCCAACGACCAAUUAUCCAACCCCGACCGAAUGGGAGAGAACAUCAAAUACCUUGCCUCCGAGCUUGACUCAUCAAUCACCGGGUGAGAAUGCAGGGACUCUGCAUUUGCCCAACCCGGGAUAUACAUGGCCUAGCAUGGUCCGGCCGCGAGAGGUCCCGGAAGACGACCAACACGAGCCUUGCAUCGCGGUAGCAUGUCGAACGCUCUCCUCGCUGUACGAAUUCGUUCAAUCUGACUGUGUGAAUGGACACACAGCCAACGAUACCCAAUCUCGCAAUAUGCUCCAACCACCAACCCUAAGGGAAUCCCCCGCAAACGAUGUCGUGUUUCGCAUGACUCGAUCCGCCACGGAGACGGUUUCUCGAUUAUUGAACUGCACCGGGAGAUCCUGCGCACGGGAUCCUUCCAAGCUCCUGCUUCUCGGGUCUGUUCUUUUGAAAGUCUUAACUUGGUAUGAAGCACUCUAUCAAUCUGAGAUUGGCGGGCCGGACACUUCGUCGUUGGAUAAUCGCGAAUAUGCACGCUUGCAGCCACAACCAUAUCAUUUGAAUGGCAAUACAGGUCUCUCGCGACCGUUUGGAAGUAUGAAAGAAUCAAUACUUGCUAUCCCAUUGACCACCCCGUUGGGUAUCGAUAUGGUUAAUAUCUCCCGCGCCACGGAGACAAAAAUGAAAGCCCAAGUACUGCUCUGGGAGGUGCAGAUCUUAUCUCACGUGUGCCAGGCUCUCGAGCAUCGAAUACAGGCUGCUGAGAGCAUACGCGGUGAGAAUAAUCUGUGCGGACAGGCAAAUGCCUAUUUAUCGCGGAAGGUGGGCGAGCUGCAGCGCGCUUUGACUGUGGUGUGUACGCCGGUACCGUCACUGGGAUAG